CUUCUUCAUCAUUUCUUCUUCUUCUUCUUCAAAAAAAAAAAAACACUCACUUCUUUCGCUACUGUCAUUUUCGAUAGCAAAUAAUAUUAUUACGGGUCUGUAAUUCUCUCUUGAAUUUUUUUUAUUAAUAUAUAUUUUUGGAAAUUAAGGCGAGGAGGGGGGAUGUCGAGUAAGGGCGGGAUCAGCCUAGAAGAGAUAAAAAAUGAGUCUGUUGAUCUGGAGAGGAUUCCUAUAGAGGAAGUGUUUGAGCAGCUCAAAUGUUCAAGGGAAGGUCUUACUUCAGACGAAGGAGCCACCAGGCUUCAAGUUUUUGGACCAAACAAACUAGAAGAGAAAAAGGAGAGCAAGAUUCUCAAGUUUCUGGGAUUUAUGUGGAAUCCGUUGUCAUGGGUCAUGGAAGCUGCUGCAUUGAUGGCCAUAGUCUUGGCAAAUGGUGAUGGAAGACCUCCAGAUUGGCAGGACUUUGUCGGGAUCGUUGUCUUGUUGGUGAUUAACUCCACUAUUAGUUUCAUCGAGGAAAACAAUGCUGGUAAUGCGGCAGCAGCCCUCAUGGCUGGUCUUGCUCCUAAAACAAAGGUUCUGAGAGAUGGCCGAUGGAGCGAGCAAGACGCUGCAAUCUUGGUUCCAGGAGACAUUAUCAGCAUUAAAUUGGGAGACAUAGUUCCUGCAGAUGCCCGUCUUCUUGAGGGUGAUCCUUUGAAGAUUGAUCAAUCUGCCCUUACAGGGGAGUCACUUCCUGUCACCAAGAACCCCUCUGAUGAAGUGUUUUCUGGCUCAACAUGUAAACAAGGUGAAAUUGAAGCAGUUGUGAUUGCCACCGGUGUGCACACCUUUUUCGGAAAGGCUGCCCAUCUCGUGGACAGCACCAAUCAAGUUGGACAUUUCCAGAAAGUUCUUACUGCCAUUGGUAAUUUCUGUAUUUGCUCAAUCGCUAUUGGAAUAAUCAUUGAGAUUGUAGUCAUGUACCCAAUACAAAAGCGCAAGUACAGAGAUGGAAUUGACAACUUGCUGGUUCUCUUGAUUGGAGGAAUUCCUAUUGCUAUGCCAACUGUUUUAUCUGUCACCAUGGCUAUUGGUUCCCAUAGACUUUCUCAACAGGGUGCCAUUACCAAGAGAAUGACUGCCAUCGAGGAAAUGGCAGGAAUGGAUGUUCUCUGCAGUGACAAGACUGGGACUCUCACUCUGAACAAGCUUACUGUUGACAAGAGCUUGAUUGAAGUGUUUGCAAAGGGUGUGGAGAAGGAGCAUGUUAUGCUUCUUGCAGCGAGAGCUUCAAGGACGGAAAAUCAGGAUGCCAUUGAUGCUGCAAUUGUUGGGAUGCUUGCUGACCCAAAGGAGGCACGAGCUGGGAUCAGAGAAGUUCAUUUCCUUCCUUUCAACCCUGUGGACAAGAGGACUGCUCUGACUUACAUUGAUAAUAAUGGAAACUGGCACCGGGCUAGCAAGGGUGCCCCUGAGCAGAUCUUAACUCUAUGCAAUUGCAAGGAAGAUGUUAAGAGGAAGGUUCAUUCUGUGAUUGACAAGUUUGCUGAACGUGGACUUCGAUCUUUAGGUGUUGCCAAACAGGAAGUACCUGAGAAAUCAAAAGAUGCUCCAGGGGCACCAUGGCAACUUGUUGGUUUGCUGCCCUUGUUCGAUCCUCCUAGGCACGACAGUGCUGAAACCAUUAGAAGAGCUCUCCACCUUGGUGUUAAUGUUAAGAUGAUUACUGGGGAUCAGCUCGCAAUUGCUAAGGAAACUGGCAGGAGGCUUGGAAUGGGAACGAACAUGUACCCCUCUUCUUCAUUGCUCGGCCAAGAUAAGGAUGCUGCCAUUGCAGCCCUCCCUGUGGAUGAGUUGAUUGAAAAGGCUGAUGGAUUUGCUGGAGUUUUUCCAGAACAUAAAUAUGAAAUUGUUAAGAGGCUACAGGAGAGGAAGCACAUAUGUGGAAUGACUGGAGAUGGUGUUAAUGACGCCCCUGCUCUGAAGAAAGCAGAUAUUGGAAUUGCUGUUGCUGAUGCUACUGAUGCUGCCAGAGGCGCUUCCGACAUUGUCCUUACUGAACCAGGACUUAGUGUUAUUAUAAGUGCAGUGCUGACCAGCAGGGCUAUAUUCCAAAGGAUGAAGAACUACACUAUAUAUGCAGUUUCAAUUACCAUUCGUAUUGUGUUUGGCUUCAUGUUUAUUGCCCUGAUAUGGAAAUUUGACUUCGCUCCAUUCAUGGUUUUGAUCAUUGCAAUCCUAAAUGACGGAACAAUCAUGACAAUAUCAAAGGAUCGAGUGAAGCCAUCUCCACUGCCAGACAGUUGGAAACUUAAAGAGAUAUUUAGUACUGGUGUUGUGCUUGGAGGUUACUUGGCCCUAAUGACAGUAUUAUUCUUCUGGAUUAUGAAAGACACAGACUUCUUUUCAGAUAAGUUUGGCGUAAGAUCACUGAGAGAUAGCAAAUAUGAAAUGAUGGCGGCCUUGUACUUGCAAGUGAGUAUUGUGAGCCAGGCCCUUAUUUUCGUCACACGAUCCCGCAGCUGGUCUUUUGUUGAACGUCCUGGACUUCUUCUUGUCAGUGCGUUUGUAGUCGCUCAGCUGAUUGCGACAUUGAUAGCAGUCUACGCAAACUGGGGUUUUGCACAUAUCAAGGGGUGCGGCUGGGGGUGGGCUGGAGUAAUCUGGCUAUUUAGCUUGGUGACAUAUCUGCCGCUUGAUGUUCUCAAAUUUGUAAUCCGCUAUAUCUUGAGCGGGAAGGCUUGGGAUAAUUUCUUGGAGAACAAGACUGCCUUUACUACAAAGAAAGACUAUGGGAAAGAAGAGAGAGAAGCUCAGUGGGCCACAGCUCAGAGGACCCUCCAUGGCCUCCAACCCGCUCAGACCAACACUAUCUUUUCCGACAAGAGUAGUUACAGGGAGCUUUCUGAGAUCGCAGAGCAAGCCAAGCGCAGGGCUGAGAUGGCAAGGCUGAGGGAGCUGAACACCCUCAAGGGGCAUGUGGAAUCAGUGGUGAAGCUGAAGGGACUAGACAUUGAUACAAUUCAACAACAUUACACACUUUAAGGAGUUUACAAGUCUCGAAGAGAACAAACUCCUCGGAGUAAUUAAAGCCGGAAGCAGCUAUAGCUAUAUGACGACGAAGAAGGCCUCGAGAGAGAAUAUUUUUAAUCAGACUAGAAUGGCAUUCCUCUUGCUAUAACUACUUAGGUACUCUUUGUUUGUUGUUAUCUACCAUUCAAGCCCAGAGGACAUGGUUUCUCCUUUAGGAGCUAAAUAUAAUCAGCCAUCCAUCUCCUCCUCUGUACCAAUUUUCUGUCACGUUUAAUUUUACAUGCCCUGCAUCAAUUUACGUUGCUAAUAGAGUUAUGCAAUCCGAGGCUACUGUUUAAA